AUGGACCCUGCUGGCCCCGUGGGGCUGCGGAUUCUGCCUCUGCUCCUGCUGGGGCUUGCGCUGGGCGAUGCUUCCAAGGCACCGACAGGCGGUAACUCUGAGAUUUGCCUGCUGCCCCUGGAAGUAGGACCCUGUCGAGCCUUAAUCCCCAGUUACUACUAUGACAGGUACACACAGAGCUGCCGCAAGUUCAUGUAUGGGGGCUGCGGAGGCAACGCCAACAAUUUCGAAACGUGGGAGGCCUGUGAUAAAGCUUGCUGGAGUAUACAGAAAGUUCCCAAAAUUUGCCGGUUGGAAGUCAGUGAGAGAGAGUGCACAGAGACCAAAGAACAGUAUUUCUUCAACCUAAGUUCCAUGAAAUGCGAAAAAGUCACAUCUGGCUUCUGUCUCAACAAUGAGAACCGAUUCCUAGAUGAAGCUACUUGCAUGGGAUUCUGUGCACGAACGAGAAGUCCAUCAUUUUGCUAUACUCCAAAAGAUGAGGGAUUGUGCUCUGCCAAUGUGACUCGCUAUUAUUUUAAUGUAAGACACAGAGCCUGUGAACCAUUCACCUAUACUGGCUGCGGAGGAAAUCACAAUAACUUUGUUACCAUACAGGGUUGUAAAAACGUUUGCACACUAGCCUUGAAGAAGGAAAAUAAUAAGAAGAUGCGAAAGUCUUUCAUUACCAAUAGAAGACUGAAAAUGCGGAAAAGACAAUUUUAA